CGCAAACUCCUGCUCUCACACAUCGCUAUAUACACACGCAGGGAUCUUACGCACGAAAGAGGACAACCGAACCAGGAUUUGGACAGCCUGUAAGCUUCACAUGAUCUGGGAUCCUAAAAACAGACAGGAAUCAGUUGGCAGCCUCAUUUCCAAACUGAUUUACAUUGCAAAGCCACGGUCAACUAGUCUCAGACUUGCGUAACCAACUAUGUCAAAGGAUGAGGAAAUUCCGAGCCCACCUCCAGAGUGGCCGGAAGAAAUUUUAGUGUAAACAUAUAUCGGAAAAGACUGGAGGUGAAAGUCAUCAUGAGAAGGAAUCUCUAAGACACUGGUAUAGUACUUAAUAUCUACACAAACCAAGGCUUUUGCUAUCGACUGAUUACAUGGAUGUACAGCGUGAACGGACAGCACACACUAGCACCUCCAAUCCUGCCUCCAUGAGGGAUUUUCCCUCCCCACCUGUUGCCUGAGGUCAAGCCAACACAACGCCACCCUGAUAAGUCUGGCUUAGCUGGCCACUUGAGUUUCAAUGCUCCACGCUGCUCUAAGAUGAGGGUAUGGAAAGAGGUCAUCCUCGCCUUCAUCCUGUUUGGUGCCUCGUUUUUCCUCCUGCUUAUGAGAACCACGUUACCUGUUGGGCCCUCCUACCCAAAGACCUUAGAGAUUUCAUUAGGCCCUUACUCACAUCCACCAGCCACAGCACUUGAAUCCCCACCAUCAUCAUCCUCAUCUUCACUAUCAUCAAACUCAGCGCCACGGCGAGUGGUCAGAGCCACGGAGGACAUGGGCUCUCUUUUCUCCGAAUUUUCGUACCUCUUCCAAAGCUUCACCGAGGGCGAGCUGAAGAAGGUGAUCGCGACUCUGGUGGAACGAAAGGAAAGGAGGAUCAGAACCGAGGCAGGGCGGAGAACCAAACGAGCACGGAAAGGCCCAAAGCCGUGUUCUCUAAAAAAGAUCGAGCUCACGGUGAGCGAGCUUGGGCUCGGGUACGAAAGCGACGAGACACUGCUCUUCAGGUACUGCAGUGGGAACUGCAACCAUGAACGACGCAACUAUGACAUUGUAAUGGAGCACAGGCAGUUGAAUAACGGCUCCAGUGAGAAAGGGAGGCGAGGACGGGACAAUGGGAAAAAAGACAAGGCGCGCUACGCUCCUUGUUGUCGGCCUACGAAGUUCGAGAAGAAAAUGUCUUUCUUUGACAACAAGGGCACAUUCUACACAAUCCAGAACGUAUCUGCGAGAGCGUGCGGUUGCGUAUGACAUUCAGAUAACUGUGGAAACUUCAGGGAGUAUGUCUUCACCAUAGGAUUACCAGAGAAUGUUUCAGAAUUCCAUGGAAACUACAGGAGCUUUGGAAAGGGCGACCGUGUGACACAGAGAACUAUUCGAGAAUGCAGUGGCAUAUUGCAAUUUUGAAAAAUAUGCUAAGAGGGGUCCGGUACGCCACCACGGAAAGAAUGAAAGCUACCAGAAAGUGAUACACAAAACACAAAAAACAAGGCCUGAAUUGUCUAAAGCCAACUCUGGAAAGUUUGUCACAGAAAAAAGUUUUGUUUCUGCCUUUUCAGUGGUUACUGGCACUUUUGAUUAGUGCAUGGCACUGGACUUUAACCAAAGGUGGAUCGUCGGUUUAAUCGAUGGGACUGAAAGCUGGCGGGAGACUCGUUUUGCCUUCCACUGGAAACUUCUGCAGAAGAACAUGUAGUAUUUAUCUGAAGAUAUAUAAGUGGUAGAGGGCUACAGCGACCACUGUAUGCUGCUCACUUUUGUUAUGAAUCUGAAUACUGAAGUAUGAAGUGCAACACAGCUGUGAAAACUACCUCAUUUCUUUCUUUGUUUCUUUUUUGUUUGUUUUCUUAGAAGAAUGUACAUGCAAUGAAUCUUGCUCUACCGCACCCACUUCCAGGGAUUACAUUAGUCAGAAAUAUGAAUCAGAGGUAUAUACAUGUAGAGAAAUGCUUCUCUACCAAAAGUCUCCAAGGAUGGAUAUUACCUAAAACAACAUUGUCACUUGAAAUGUAUAUCAAGCCCUCAAAUUUGACCGUAAAGCCUUGCCAAAGCAUGUCUGAUCAAAUCCCAUGUUCUCUCGUCUUUGAGACGAGAAUUUAUACCCAGAUAUUUAGAUUUAAAAUAAGAAUAGGCUGCCCAAUUCAAAUGUUUUCCCAAAGGUGUCGCCCCUCAAAGACCUUAAAGUUCAUUUUUCUCAUGAACAUGUUCAUGUUUACAUUCUUUUAGACAAUGAUCAACUCGAGAUACAUUGUCUUUUGGAAAGUAAUUCCAGAUUUAGACCUUUUCAACAGCAAACCUAUACAUUUAUUAUCCUUGAACACAUUUAUGGACAAGUAAUUGUUACCUUUAUUUAUACAGAUGGAACAUUUUGCUCGUAAAAAUAAAGGUUCUUCAAUGGUUCUUUGUAGCAUUUUACAUUAAACAAAUAUCUUUCCUCUUAAAGGAUUAG